ACCAGUUCCAAAUUGACCAUCCACACGGACGGUUUAAGCUCGAAAAUAAAUAAAGAACCCUACGAUAUGAGGAACGAUAAGUUUGGGCAACCAGAGCCACCGCCAGUGGGCUUUCCAUCUGCACCUCAACAGCAUGGAUAUCUUCCACAGCAAGGAUUGCCUCAGCCAGGAUAUCCACCGUCGGGCUUUAGUCAGCCAGGAUUCUCCUGGAAUCCCCCACCGCCACAGCCGGGAUUUUCGGGUUAUCCAUCACCACCACCACCACCGCAUCACGGAUAUCCACCACAGUUCUACGGUGCCCCACCAGGAUACGGUGCACCACAAGCACCAGCACCACCUUAUCUGCCCCAGCAAACCACCACGGUGGCGGUGAAUGGUGGAUGGUACAGUCGUAAUCAGAAGAACAAACCGCAAUCAAAUGCUGUUGGCGCUGCUGGUCUGAUUUUCGUCUCUGGAGGAAUGAACAUAGCGUGGAGUAUUGGAUUUCAUGGAAGGCUCUUCUAUAAAACCACCAACCAUAAUUUCGCAGCCUGGUUCAUAGGUGGCAUCAUAGGAGCGGUGCUGAGCUGUUUUCUCACUAACAAAAUAGCAAAGAAAUAUGUCCUGAUUUUCAGUUCGAUCCUUGUGAUGAUCGGUGGCUGUGUGAUUGCCAGUACCAGGAAUAAUGGGGAUGCCACGUUGGCAGGUUCCUAUCUGGAUGGAAUAGCCAAUGGACUGGUAUUUGCUCCAUUUAUGGCCCUGGCCGGCGAAGUCUCUGUUCCCUAUAUGAGAGGUCUGAUCUCGGCCAGCAUUGAGCAGAUGUGCUUUGGCCUGGGAAUCUUCCUGCAGAUCAUCUACACCACGUCGUGGAACUACUCGACCUAUCCGUCGUACAACUCCUUUUCAUCUGAGAAUAUGAAGGGAGUUCUGAGCAUUAUCUAUGGACUUUUGGCUCUGAUUAUUGGAUCACUGCUGUGCAUUGAAUCCCCGGUAAUAAUGCUGGCCAAUAACAAUAACGAACAAGGAGCCAUCGAUGCUCUGCGACGAUUGCAGAGACCAUAUACCUUGACCAACGAGACCUUCGAGCAACUGGCAGAGCACAAGAAGUAUUUGGCCCACAACAAGGAGCUAUCGAUGGGUCAGAGCAUCGGACAGGCUCUACCCACCUUCAUCCGACUGCUCUUUCUGCGUGGACUGAACGCCAUGAGUAUUUCCAAAUUCGUGUACAUCAGCUUUCUCUAUACCUUUACCCAUCAGUACGGUAGAGGAUCUUGGGGAUGGUUCAUUGGAUUUGGUAUCUGUCGCUGGAUGGGCAACUUCGUAGCCACUUUCUGCAUGGAAUCGAGUGGUCGCAAGAAGCCCACCCUUCUCGGUCUCUUCGUUUGCAGUAUCCUGGCCUUUGUGGUUGCAGUCAAUUAUAACACCGGAAACACCGUAAUGCUGCUGUUCUUCGAACUGCUCGCAGGAAUCGCCUUUACAGCCACUUCCCCUUACCUAUCGGAGGCUUACCCACUGGGAGUCAAACAGCAUUUCAUCGCCUUCACAUUCAUCGGUGAAAUGCUUGUCUUUAUACUUUUGACCAUAUUUACGUGGAACAAGAAUGCUGGAGCCACCUACUUUUAUGUCAUGGGAGGUCUCUAUUUAUUCGGAUUUUUCUUCGUCAUCCUCUGCCUGCCGGAGACCAGAAGGACAACGUUGAGAGAAGCCCAGGAGAAGUUCAGUAAAUUCAUCAACACAGGCUUCUAGCGAGUAACACAUUUUGUAUUACGCAUUAGUCAGAGAAAUGAUAAUAAAUAUUUAUAGCUAGACAAGCA